AUGGAACAGCGCGGUGGGUCUUUCAAACAGCCUUACAAAGGUGAUAAGAUACAGAUAUCUUGGCUUGCCGGCUUGGCUUGGCUCAGAAGUCAAGCCAAGCCAGCAGCGAACUUUACUGUAUAUAAUCCAUUGGCUGUUUCAUCACUAAUCAAUACUUUGACAAACAAACCUCCUGAAAUGUUCUACAGAGCGCUCGGACUUUUAGCUCUUAUAGCCGGCGUGCUUGCCGCGCCAAAGCCGGAUCCAGCUCCUCAGCUAUUGACUUACACCGCUGGUCUGGAUUAUGUGUACCCUGGUUCAGUGCCAUCCAUCAUCUCACCAUACAACGCACAGUACGCUUCUUUAGCCUACCCUGGAUACCCAGUUGACUAUUAUUUUCGUUAA